AUGCGACUGCUAUACACUACAGGCGAUGGGAGACUUGGGUGGACUGAGGACUUGAUCGGAGACAAGAUUCCCUCGUACGCGAUCCUGUCGCACACUUGGGAGGGGCAGGAGGUGACAUUUGCCGAUCUGAAAGAUCUAGACAAUGCAGUAGACGUCGACAUACAACGCAAGGAGGGAUAUCGGAAGAUUCGCUUCUGCGCGCAACAGGCUGAGCGGGACGGUCUGGACUACUUCUGGGUCGACACCUGCUGCAUCGACAAGACGAACAGCCAAGAGCUUCAAGAAGCGAUCAACUCGAUGUUCUGCUGGUAUCAGAAAGCGGAGAAGUGUUAUGUCUUGCUUUCGGACGUCGAGAACAACUCAUUAGAAGGGAAUGGCAGUUUGCGCAGAAGAUGGAAGGCAGCGUUCAGGAAGAGCAGGUGGUUCAACCGAGGCUGGACGCUUCAGGAACUACUGGCUCCCCGCUCUGUCGAGUUCUUUUCGAAAGAGGGAGAGCUGCUAGGGGACAAGCAGUCCCUCAAAGACACUAUCAGUGAGAUUACAGGGAUACCUAGCGAAGCUCUUUCAGGGAAGCAAGUGUCUGAGUUUAGCGUAGCUGAGCGGUUCUCUUGGGCAGAAGAUCGCCAGACGACACGCGAUGAAGAUGGAGCAUAUUGUCUGUUCGGCAUAUUUGACAUCCAUCUACCGCUGAUAUAUGGCGAAGGCAGAGAAAACGCACGCGAUCGGCUCAGAAGUGCGGUUAUGCUGAAGCACAAAGGCCGUAGUCACGACCAAGAAGAGAGGCUUGGCAAGAUUUGCAGCUGGCUUUCGGCGCCUGAUCCGUCCACCAACUACCACAAAGCGCACAAGCAGCGGCAGGCUAAGACAGGUCUCUGGCUGCUAGAAAGUGCAAAGUUCACAGACUGGAAGAAAAGAGCAGCGUCGCGGCUGUGGCUGUACGGGAUCCCAGGAUGUGGAAAGACCAUCCUGAGCUCUACUGUUGUUGAGAAUCUGCUGCAAUACUGCCAUGAUGACACUAGCAUGGUGACGGCGUACUUCUACUUCGACUUCAACGACACACAGAAACAGGAUCCAGAGCUAAUGCUACACUCGUUGCUCUGCCAGCUCGUACAGCGGUCGGUUGUGAUACCAAAGGGCGUUGACGCGUUGUUCGCAUCUUGCGAGAACGGGCAACGAAAGCCUUCACUGCAUGCGCUUUUGGAAGUAACAAGAGAAGCGGCGCAAGAGUUCACGCACGUCUACGUUGUUCUCGAUGCUCUAGAUGAGUGUACACAGCGCUCGGAGCUGAUGGACAUGCUCGAAGCAGUGGCUGAGUGGCAGCUUGACAAUCUGCAUUUGCUCAUGACUAGCCGGAAAGAGCGGGAUAUUGAGCGCUCCUUAGAGGAAUACAUCAGGGAGGAGGACGCUGUAUGUCUUCAAAGGGACGUAGUGGACAAGGACAUACAGCGAUACAUCCAACAAAGGCUGCGUGUCGACAAGGGCUUGGCGAAAUGGAACAAGGACGCUUCUGUCAGGCAGGAGAUUGAGGCCGCGCUAAUGGGCGGAGCUCGCGGGAUGUUCCGGUGGGCUGUAUGCCAGCUAGACACACUAGGAAAGUGUUGCAAUCGAGCGAUGCUGCGCAAAUCUCUUGCUAGUCUGCCGCGGACGCUAGACCAGACAUACGACCGCAUUCUUACCGCGAUAGGCGAGGAAUAUUCUGAGUAUGCCAUGCGUAUCCUGCAGUGGCUGACGUUCUCUGCGCGGCCGCUGUCCGUCGAAGAGGUCGCCGAAGUUGUCGCCAUCGACGUGGCGCGCGACCCAGCGUUCGACCGUGACGAGGUGCUAGAAGACCCGCUAGAAGCGCUAAACAUCUGCUCUAGUCUAGUCACUAUCACAACGAACGAAGUGGACAGAAGAUCAGGGUCUGCUCAACGGAUCGUUGCUCUAGCACACUACUCAGUGCAGGAGUACCUUGUGUCAGACAGGAUCAGGCAAGGGUUAGCAAAGCAGUACAGCAUGCAAGAGGCCGAAUGUCAGAGUGCAAUAACGAGAGGUUCUUUGAAGUACCUGAUGCAGCUCCAGCAACCGUUAAAAAGAGAGACUCUUCAGGUGUUUCUACUUGCAAGGUACUCGGCAGAGUUCUGGAGCAGUCAUCUUCGAAAGACAGGAGACGAGAUGGAGCAAAUUAGUCAGUUCACUAUGGGUUUAUUGGCUAGGGAAGAGCCUGCAUAUCUCAACUGGCUCCGGUUGCAUGAUCCAGACCGUCCUUGGCAGGAGCCAAAUCUGGAAAAAAGCGACGAUAACAUACCUAUGCCACUUUACUACGCUGCGUUGUUAGGCUUUAGCACGGUUACAAGACUGCUGCUCGACGCGGGCGCCGAUGUCAACGCGCAGGGUGGAGAGUACGGCAACGCACUGCAAGCAGCUUCAGAGAGAGGCUACGUGCAGGUGGCUAAGUUACUACUCGACGCGGGCGCAGACGUUAAUGCGCAGGGUGGAGGGCACGGCAACGCACUGCAGGCAGCUUCACAAGAAGGCCACGAGCAGGUGGUCAAGAUGCUGCUCGAUGCGGGCGCUGAGGUCAACGCGCAGGCUUCAGAGAGAGGCAACGUGCAGGUGGUCAAGAUGCUGCUCGAUGCGGGCGCCGACGUCAGCGCGCAGGGUGGAGGGCACGGCAACGCACUGCAGGCAGCUUCAAUUUGGGGCCACGAGCAGGUGGUCAAGAUGCUGCUCGAUGCGGGCACCGACAUCAGCGUGCAGGGUAGAUACUAUGGCAACGCACUGCAGGCAGCUUCAUAUGGAGGCUACGAGCAGAUAGUCAAGACGCUGCUCAACGCGGGCGCCGAUGUCAACGCGCAGGGUGGACGCUACGGCAACGCACUGCAAGCAGCUUCAAUUGAAGGCCACGAGCAGGUAGUCAAGACGCUGCUCAACGCAGGUGCGCAUUAA